AUGGGUCCCACUCUGUUGCAGAUGGGUAAUGACAAAGUCCAUGAUCUCCUAAUUAAUUUUGAUGGUCACAUACAUGUGUUGAAUGGGAUAAAUCCAAAUGGAUAUAGUUUCUUGGACUUGUAUUCAUCUACUUAUGCAUUUAUGCUUAGAAAUGUUAAUCAAACUGGUAUGACAGUGAAUAUAUUUUACAAAUUUCCUGGGAAUUGUGGUAGACUGCUAUUAAAUGGGGAUGAUGAUAUGAUCAUUAUGUUUGAAAUGAACUUAGAUGUUAGAGAGAUGGAUAUAAUUGUUGAAUUUGUUGACAAGGGUGUUCCAAUUGAUUUAGACAGUCAAUGUCCACUACAAAAUUCUGAGGGGGAAGAUGAAGACAGUGAGGGGGAAGAUGAAGACAGUGAUGAUUCUCAGAAAUCUAAUUACAGUUUCUCAAACAGUGAUGAUGAUGAGGACUGGAAUGAGGGAAAUGAGGGAAAUGAGGCACAUGAUUGGGAUAAUAUUGAAUUAGAAAGUGAGAGUUCUGAUAAUAGUUGUGGAGAUUUAUCAGAUUAUAAUGAUAGUGCUGAAUUUAGUGGAGAAAGUGGUGAUGAAAGGAAAGGUUCUGUGCAUCAACACAUCAAGGGGAUAGUCUUCAAGUAUGGUGCUAAUGGAGAGAUUAAAUUUGUGAAGGAUCAUUUGUUUGAUGACAUUAAUCACUUCAGGACCGUGUUGAAGGAGUAUUCAGUUCAAAAGGGUUUCAAAUUGGUGAUGAAGAAGAAUGAAAAAAGGGUUAAUUACAAUGACACCCCCUGA